CGCUUCUCCAUCUCUGCCUCAUCCUGUUUUCAUUGUCUCGCUGCUUGCUGCUGAGACUGGAACCGGAAAUGGGUUCCGUGUCCUUUGAAGACAUCGCUGUGGACUUCACCUGGGAUGAAUGGCAGGGUCUGGAUGCUGCUCAGAGGACCCUCUACAGGGACGUGAUGCUGGAGAACUACAGCAGUCUCCUGUUCCUGGGAUAUUGCAUGACCAAACCUGAGGUGAUCUUCAAGUUGGAGCAUGGAUUUGGGCCAUGGCCUGUGGGAGAAUUCUCUGUCUGCAGCCUUCCAGGCAUUUAUAAAAAGACUGCCCGGAAUGAGAGUGACCAGGAAAAUCACAAAGGACAUCGGUGGCAAGUUGAAAUUGCCGACACUCAGACAUCAAAUGACAAAAUUGUUGAAGCAGACCUGAAGGUGGCACAGAAGACUCAACAACGGACAAUGUCCUAUAAAGGCAAGGGAUGUUUGAAGACAUUUUGCCAACUAUCACAGCACACAAGGAGUCAGAUGACUUACACAUGUAAGAAGAAAAGUGUCCUUUAUAAGUCUCCUCUCAAUAACUGUCAGAGUCUUAAUGAGGAGACACUGUCUAAACACAGACAAUGCAGCAAUACAUUUUCUGGGAAGUCACACCUGACGGAACAGAGAAGCCAUGAAGGGGAGAAGACAUAUGAAAGCUCAGGAUGUGGGAACACUUCCCACACCAAGUCUCAGCGUCAGAACGCUCACAGAGAUGAGAAGCCCUACAAAUGUCUAGAAUGUGGGAAAUAUUUCCACUACAAGUCACAAAUCAUUGAGCAUCAAAGGAGUCAUACAGGUGAGAAGCCUUAUGAGUGUGCAGAAUGUGGAAAAUCUUUCAGCUAUAAAUCACACCUCACUGUACAUCACAGAAGUCACACAGGGGAGACGCGUCAUGAAUGUUCACAAUGCAGAAAAGUUUUUUACUAUAAGUCACAACUCAUGCAGCACCAGAAAAUUCAUGCAGGGGAGAAGCGCUAUGAAUGCACACAAUGCCCCGAAGCUUUCUACUUUAAGAAACAACUUAUUCAUCAUCAGAAAACUCAUAGUGCCGAGAAGCCCUUUAAAUGUAAAGAAUGUGGUAAAACUUUCAACUGGAGAUCCAACCUUGCUGUUCAUCAGAAAAUUCAUAGUGGGGAGAAGCCCUUUGAAUGCAAGCAAUGUGGAAAAGCAUUUUACUGCAAGUCCCACCUCACUGUACAUCAGAGAACUCACAUAAAUAAAAAGCUCUAUCAGUGUUCACAGUGCAGGAAAGCAUUUUACUCUCAGACACAGCUUGCUCUACACCAGAGAAUUCACACCGAUGAGAAGCCCUAUGAAUGUAAGCAAUGUGACAAAACAUUCUACAGCAAGUCUGGACUUACUGCACAUCAGAAAACUCAUACGGGUGAGAAGCCCUAUGAAUGUAAAGAGUGUGGGAAAGCAUUCUAUAACAGGUACCUGCUCAUUGAACAUCAUAGAGUGCACACGGGUGAGAAGCCCUACCAGUGUGCAGAGUGCAAGAAAGCAUUUUUCUCCAAGAAACAUCUUUCUCUCCAUCAGAAAACUCACGCAAGUGAGAAGUCAUUUCGUUGUGCAGAGUGUGGGAAAGCUUUCUCCUGGUUGUCACACCUCACUCAACAUCAGAGAAUCCACACGGGUGAAAAGCCCUAUGCAUGUGAACACUGUAGGAAGACUUACUACUUUAAGAGACAACUCACUCGACAUGAAAGAACACAUGAGAAGUCAUGAGGUGUAAAUAGUGCAGGAGACCAUUUCAGUGCAAAUGCAACCUUCCUGUAUAUGAAAGAGCGCAAACAAGGGAGAGACGCUGUGGUGAGAAGGUUUCCUCCCUCUUGGAUACCUUACUCCAAGUCAGCUGAGAAAGCUUGACUGAAAAGAAUGUAUGAACUCUUAAGUGUAUAAUUAGAAAGCUUGUGAGUGGAAAUGAUUAAGGUAAGAA